ACAUUCAUGACUAGUUUGUUUGGCAUAUAACCAAACAAGAUUGUCAUAUUUAUAAUGAUUUCCUACAUUGCUGAGGCUCAUUUUCACGGUCGUUUCCCGUUAGAAAACACUGAAGGCCAAGUUUUAUUUUUCUAUGGGAAUAAUUACAUAACAGGAGUACCUUGUUUCGUGAUAUCCAUUCGGGCCCACCAAUCCCCUUAACGACAUGACUGUUUAUAGUAAAUGCAAAGUGCUUUUCAAGAAGUAUCCUCUUUUACGAGGAAUGGCAUCGUAUAGUAUUAUCUGGCCUACAUCUAGCCUCAUACAGCAAACGUUUGAGGGCAAGGAUUUAGAAAGCUAUGACUGGUGGAGGUGUGCUCGUUAUGGCCUGUACGGGUCUUGCUAUGUUGCGCCUACACUCUACACUUGGUUGACAGUUGCCAGCAUAAUGUGGCCUGGAAAUACAAUAAGAGCUGGCAUUAUUAAGACAUUUGUUGAAACUAUCACAUACACACCAUGUGCAAUGUGUAGUUUUUAUUUUGGAAUGAGCCUUUUGGAAAUGAAGCCUCUGAAUGAAGCUAUAGCAGAAGUGCAAUCCAAAUUCUGGCCUACAUAUAAGGUUGGAGCAUCAGUUUGGCCCGCUAUAGCCAUGAUCAACUUCUGCCUGAUCCCUGCGAGGAACCGGGUGCCCUUCAUCAGCCUGUGCAGCCUGGUGUGGACCUGCUUCCUGGCCUACAUGAAACAUUUAGAGAAGGAAAAGGUUCCUGAAAGUAUAAUGCCAUCAUCUACUAAACUCCUAAAACUUCAUGUAUAAAACAGCUUCAAUGUAAUAAGGAAUUUAAACCACCUGUCCUGUGCCUUAAAAAGGUUGCAGCUGUAUGUAGAUAGAUCAAUUGUAGUUAAGCAUAAUGAUGAGUGUGAUAUAAUUUAUUGUUAAGAUGGAUAUGAAUACUAGUAUUAAUCUGUAUUUAUUACAAGUAUUAAUCUUUGUAUUACUAAGAAUGCAUCAUUAUUGUUACAAAUGUAAAUGUUAAUACUACAACAUGUUUAAGAUACUGUUAUGUAUCUGUGAUAUUUUUAUAUUAUUUAUUUUAGAAUUACUAAAAAGAUACUGGGAUCUGAUGUACAUUUUCAAUUAAUUUAAGUGUUUAUGACCCUUAAAUUAAUUAUAAAACUACGUUAACCAUAGACCUACGUUAACCCUUAAAUGCAUAGUGAUGGAUGCAGCCUAUACAACAAAAAAUAUAUAAUUGUUUGCAUAAUUAGAUAAAAUCGAUUUGGUCUUGAAUAAUUAUUUUGAUCGUAAAUUAAUACACUUUUCGUUGUUUUAUUCAAAUUUGCGCAGUAUUUUAGUUAAAAAAAAAGAAGUUUUAAGGCGAAAUGGCGGAUAAUUUGGAAAAGUUGAUGAUUUUUAGUAUGUAAUUUAGGCGGUAUUUUUGGGGUUUGCAAUUAUUUUAUAUUUAAAAUCUUUAUUAUAGGUAUAUUACAAAUGGUGAAAAUUUCUAAGUAUGAUUUUUCAUAUAUCUUUUACCAAUAUUUGUAUAUUUACAUAAAUUAUGAUUUACCCUAUAUGUAAAUAUUCUAAAAAUCGAUGUUUAAAUAUUUUUUUCCCAGAAUCAGUGAACAAUUAUGUAACAUAUAUAUUAAUUUCAGACAAAAAGAAAUAAUCAUGCACUUAAGGGUUAACAUGUGGACUAGAGUAUAUUAUUGUUAAAAAUAGUAUUUUAUUGGUGUUACUAAUAACACCAAGUAGCAUUCGUGACCAAGCUAUUAAUUCUAAAAAAAAUACGAUUACAUCAUCACACAAAAUGAAGGAAGGAAUUUAGAGUACAUCCUACUAGGUAUUUUACUAUUGUUAUCAUGAAAGUUUGUAUUAGGCCAGUUAUCAACUAGGGAAGAAUAUAAUAUAGUCUGAGACUUGGGGACCUUUGACUUGUGACACGGGUAGACAGCGCUUCUGGCAGCAAAAUCGGUCGAUUUCGUUCAGCAAGUCACAACACGUGGUUAACACGAAGUAGUUGAGCUGCUUAAACUACACGUGUCUGCCUAUUCUGCCAGAUAUAUUGAGCGCAGUUUGGCAAGGUUACGCCAUUUGCGCCUCAUAGUCUGACGCCGAUGCCAACUUGUGAAUAAGCGGAUUUGGAAGUUAUUCCUUCAAUGUUAAAUUUAUAAAUAAAAUUUACAAGUACCUGUUUAA